AUGCCUAUUGGUGUUCCAAAAGUGCCUUUUCGAAAUCCUGGAGAGGACGAUAUAUCUUGGAUUGACGUAUACAACCGACUUUAUCGAGAAAGAUUACUUUUUUUAGGCCAAGAGGUUGAGAGCGAGAUCUCGAAUCAACUUAUUGGUCUUAUGAUAUAUCUCAGUAUAGAGGAUGAAAACAAAGAUCUGUAUUUUUUUAUAAAUUCUCCUGGCGGAUGGGUACUACCCGGAAUAGCUAUUUAUGAUACUAUGCAAUUUGUGCCACCAGAGGUACAUACAAUAUGCCUGGGAUUAGCCGCUUCAAUGGGAUCUUUUAUCCUGGUCGGAGGAACAAUUACCAAACGUCUAGCAUUCCCUCACGCUAGGGUAAUGAUCCAUCAACCGGCUGCCGCUUUUUAUGAGGCACAAGCCGGAGAAUUUGUCAUGGAAGCGGAAGAACUACUGAAACUGCGCGAAAUCAUCACAAAGGUUUAUGUACAAAGAACGGGCAAACCCUUAUGGGUUGUAUCCGAAGACCUGGAAAGGGAUGUUUUUAUGUCAGCAACAGAAGCCCAAACUCAUGGAAUUGUUGAUCUUGUAGCGGUUCAAUGA